AUUGAAGGCACUGUACAUGCACAGAUGCACACUGCAUGGGUGCAUAGGACCAAUCUACUUCUGGGGGAUACUCCAUUUCAGGGCCCUGUGUAUUUAGUUUUGUGAAUUCCCUUACACUAACAUCCUGGCAAACACGCUCAAGACAACAUCCCACACUGAGCACAAACAUAUAGAUGUGCUUCCACUCAAUUUCGUCAACUUCUGCAGCAGCCUGAAUUGCUAAACAGCGCUCACGCUGUGCAGACCAGCAUACUAGAAAUGCUCUAGCGAGGGAGGGGAGCGCAUUACUGGAAGAGAAUGCUGUGUCAGAAAAACACUUCGUGGCGAAGGAGUUGGAGUUUAUUUUUUUCCCGAGCGCACUCACAGGCCAUUCGCCUGUCCACCAGUAGAACGCAUGUCUGUUCCCCGUUCCACCCACCCGAAAUGGGUUGAACGCCCCACAGCUUUUCUGACAAAUGAAAAAGUAGGAGUGCCAAAUCGAGCGAUAUGAUUGGUAGACAUAGCACUAAGGAGACAGACAAAACAACGCGAAAUGAGGAUUAAAGGCUGGGUCUCUCCCUCUUUCGAGUGUAUUGCAUGUCUGCGCAGCGAAUACUAGUGAGCCGAAAAGUAUUUCCGUUGAAGGGCGGAGUUGAUUGACCGUUGGGACAUUUUAGAUAUCUGCGUUCACUUUCCUUCAUCUGUCCUGAAAACAUGGUUGUCCCAGGACCUGAACAUUUAGAGGAGCGGGAGAAGGUUUAUCCUCCGCCCGAAGAGUUGAAAGCGGAUGCGCAUGUCCCCGACUUUAGCUCAUAUCUUGCACUUUACAAGAAGUCAAUCGAGGAACCCGAAGAGUUCUGGGGGAAUGUGGCUGAUGAGUUUUACUGGGAGAGCCGGCCUUCUGCAUCGCAGCCGAUUCUACAGUACAAUUUUGAUGUCACCAAAGGCAACGUCUUCGUCAAGUUCAUGGAGGGGGCCAAGACCAACGUGUGCUACAACGUCUUGGACAGAAACGUAUUGGAGAGGAGCUUCGGAGACAGAGUGGCGUACCACUGGGAAGGGAACUCUCCGGAUCACCAGCAGGACAUCACGUACAGCCAGUUGCUGAAGCAGGUGUGUCGCUGUGCCAACGUGCUCAGACUCAUGGGCGUGAAGAAGGGCGAUCGUGUGGCCAUCUACCUUCCCAUGAUUCCAGAGCUGGUGUACUCCAUGCUGGCGUGUGCGCGUAUCGGAGCGGUCCAUUCUGUGGUGUUUGCAGGCUUUUCGGCAGACUCCUUGUGUGAGAGGAUCCUGGAUGCGCAGUGCAGUGUCCUUGUGACCGCAGAUGGUGUGUACAGAGGUGAGAAGCUGAUCAAUCUGAAGCAGAUAGCAGAUGAAGCUUUGGAGCGUUGUAGAGAGAAGGGUUCCUCCACAGUUCAGAAGUGUCUGGUGGUGAAACAUCAUGCCCUCAGGACAAACAGCGGAGAAGCCUCAAACAAACUGCAGACACCGUGGGAUGCAGUCUGUGAUGUGUGGUGGGACGAGGCUCUGGAGGGUGUGUGUGAUGUGUGUGAGCCAGAGUGGCUGGACGCUGAAGACCCGCUUUUCAUCCUCUACACCAGUGGCUCCACCGGCAAACCCAAGGGGGUGCUGCACACUGUGGCUGGCUACAUGCUCUAUACUGCUCUCACCUUCAAGUAUGUCUUUGACCACCACUUUGAUGAUGUCUACUGGUGCACGGCAGACAUUGGCUGGAUCACUGGCCACUCCUACAUCACUUACGGCCCUCUGGCCAAUGGGGCGACCAGCGUAUUGUUUGAGGGUAUUCCUGUGUACCCUCAUGUGGGUCGGUUCUGGGAGGUCAUUGAGAAGUACCGCGUGUCAAAGUUUUACACGGCCCCAACAGCCAUUCGUCUGCUGAUGAAAUACGGCAGAGAACCUCUGCUAAAGUAUGACCUGUCAAGCCUGCGGGUCCUGGGGACUGUGGGGGAGCCCAUUAACCCUGAGGCAUGGCACUGGUACCAUGAGGUGGUGGGGCAGGGACGGUGCCCCAUAGUGGACACCUUCUGGCAGACAGAGACGGGGGGCCAUGUUCUGACUCCACUGCCUGCUGCCACUACACUGAAGCCUGGCUCAGCUACCCUACCGUUCUUCGGUGUCCAGCCCUCCGUCAUGAGCGAGUCAGGAGAGGAGCUGGAGGGAGAGGCAGAGGGCUACCUGGUGUUCCGUAGCCCCUGGCCUGGUAUCAUGAGAACCGUAUACCGAAACCAGGAGCGGUUUGAGACCACCUACUUUAAGAAGUUCCCCGGGUUCUAUGUGACCGGAGAUGGCUGCAGAAGGGACAAGGAUGGGUAUUACUGGAUCACAGGCAGGAUUGACGACAUGCUCAACAUCUCUGGCCAUCUGUUGAGUACAGCGGAGGUGGAGUCUGCACUGACGGGGCACGGCUCAGUGGCAGAGGCGGCUGUAGUGAGCCGUCCUCACACGGUCAAGGGGGAGUGUCUCUACUGCUUCAUCACGCUCAAGGACAGCACCGAGUUAACACACACAAUCAAGGAAGAGCUCAAGAGACAGGUGAGAGAAAAGAUUGGGCCCAUUGCCACACCUGACUUCAUCCAGAAUGCUCCUGGGCUGCCAAAGACUCGCUCAGGUAAAAUCAUGCGACGGGUCCUCAGGCAGAUCGCCCGUAAUGAGAGAGACCUAGGCGACCUCUCCACGCUGGCGGACCCCAAGGUCGUCGAAGUGCUCUUCAGCCAGAGGUGCGAGGCGGUCGCCUGAAGGGCGGCAGAGAGGGGGCCCCGACAUCUCUCCGGACUUUUUGGAUGAACUAUGACCUCCACUCCCCCUGUGCUGAACCCCCCCCCCCCCCCACACACAAACACUGGACCCCAGUGAGCCUUGGGGGGAUCCUGAAGUUGGGGGGGUCAACAGUGGACUCCUAGCCCUUGGAACUGAGACUGAUGUGUGGAGCAGAGAAUGGGG